UUUGUAUUCUCGAAUUUAUAUUCUUGAAUCAUUAAAUAUAUUUAGCUAUACCCACAAGUUCAGCAUUAUUGUUGAGCAUAGCUGUAAUGGACUGUCAAAUACGCGUAAAAUUUAUUUUGAAAAAGAGAUUGACUUUAAAAAUGUGGAAAAUCAUGUUUUUGAGUUACGUGGAUUAUUAAUUAAUUUAACUAAUGACAAACAAGACAUGGAAGAAAUAUUUGAUUGGGAUUGGGAAAAUAAAAAUGAAGGUUUAGGGUAUAAUUACUACACUGCUUUAUCUCCGGCAGAAUUAAAGAAGUUGAAAAAAGAAAAAGAAUUCAAUAAACCUAAUCUAACAGUUACAUAUUUAGAAGGAAUGGAGGAACAUUUAUCUGAAAAUAAUGAAGAAGAAAAUAUGGAAAAUAAAGAAGUUUUUAACAAAAUUAAAAAUAAAAUGAUUGAGGAUAAUAUGGAAGAAGAAAAUGAGGAGAAGGAUGGAGAGAAUAUUAAACUGGAAGAAAGUACUACAAUGAAAACGGUCACUGAAGAGAAAAAGAAAGGGGAAGAAUUUAAUGAGGAGUGA